ACAAUUUUGACAUCACGACAAUGACGUAGAUUCGCGCCGUCAAUCCGUUGGACCCUGGCACUGCCCUGACCUCUUUUUUCCUUUAUCCACCAUCAUCAUCUGUGAGCUGUACCGCGCACUGCUGCACCGUCAUGGCAUUUUCUGCUUCGCCCGUCCUGCUGCACUCCGUCGCCGCAGCCACCAUGGCCUGGGCUCACUCUCAGCUCGGAACGAGUCCCAUAGACCCUCUCGUCGAGACCCAGUACGGUAGCCAUUACCAGUUUCUGACAAUUCUUGGGCUGGUCGCGUCGUUGUGCACCAUGGGAGUGGCUUUACUUGUCGACCUCUUUCCUUCAAUCUCAGCUCUCAGGUCACUCAAGCGCGCUAUGCUCAUGGUUUGCAUGCCGGUCGAAGCUGUCGUGGUCUCCGUGUACUGGACCCUCCUCCUGCUUUUCCCCAGUCUUAUUCUCCAAAAAUACGUUCCCACGGAGCUUACAUCGUCUCAUGAUGCGCUGCCGCUCGCUCGGAUACCCCUGCCCCUGGAUCUAGCCAUGCACGUCGUUCCAGGCCUUUCGCUCGUGCUGGAUUUCCUGGCCUUCGAGAAGAAAUACUCGCAGGAACAUGUCAAACUUGCGGUUCCUGUGGUGCUUACGUGCGGUGGGAUGUACAGCUCUUGGGCCGAACGGAAUGCUAAAUUAAAUGAUGGCAUUUUCCCAUACCCCUUCCUCACUGAAAAUCCAUUUGAAACGCGAUUGGGCAUCUACAUCGGUGCUUGUGUCAUUGGAUACGUUUACUUCCGCGUGCUUAAUGCUCUCCACGCUUAGAAUAUUUAGGGAACAUUAAGUCUCCUUGGGCCACAGCAUUAUCGUUAUAUUCAGUCUAAUGUUGCUUAGAUGUAUAGACGUAUUAUGCACUGACAGUUAGUAUAACUUAUACCAGAUACCCGGAUUAUUAGCCAGAUUCGAAUAGAUCGGUUUGCAUUUGUGUUAUUCAGCGGAAGAUAACUUCAUAUCGUAACGAUCCGCUAUACACGGUCUAUCAUCGUAGACAGAAUGCUCCGAAGGACAGUAGGUAUGUCAUUGGUGUUAGCAACUCUAAAACCUUGUCCAGGGAGCUGUUUGCUUAUCCUAGUGGGGAUUAGUGUCAUGAGUAGCUCGAAGUACCGCAUGUACGUACCACGGAGCUUCAGCCCCUUCCCCAAUACAAAUCAAAGCUGUAUGGACCUUGGGAUUGCGCUUCAUUGCCUGAGAUAGCUGCUCCGGUGUAAUGUUGUAUCGGCCGAAAUUGGCAUCC